GUUGUUGGUUUAAAUAAAGAUAAUUUUCCACCGGAAUCACCUAAUUCCUCUACAACUUAUGGUUCCUUACUUCGACCUGGACGUAUGCUUCCAUUGCGUCAUUCACAAUCAUCUGUAUCUACCAACAGACCUAAUAAUUGCAUUGUUUCAACAGUAACAACAGCUGUAGCUCCACUGAUAACGACAACAACAACAACAGCACCUCCUUCAACUACACCAUUAUGUAUGCUUCCUGGUGAAUUUCUUGUACAUUUAAAACGUCAGUCAACUGGUUUUGGAUUUAAUCUAGUUGGUGGAGCUGAAGAGAAUACUCAGGUAUCUAUUGGUGCUAUGCUUAUGGGUGGUUCAGCUCAACUUAGUGAAGUUGUACGUACUGGUGAUAAAUUAAUCUCAAUUGAUGGUAUACGUGUUAUUGGUGCAACACAUGCAAAAGUUGUCGAAUUAUUAGAUAGAGCUGCACAUACUGUUGGUCAAGUCACUUUAGGAUUACAAAGAGGAAAA